AUGCUGAGAAUUAUCCAUCAGACCGAGGUAGAGAGCAACAAUCAUGGCUUCGGGUGGUUUCACUUUUAUACGAGUGGAAAGAAAUAUCAACCUAACUGGAAAUCAUUAGAUGCUCGUCCAUUGCCGUCAUGGUACGAUAAAGCCAAGGUGGGUAUCUUCGUCCAUUGGGGCGUUUUCUCUGUUCCAAGCUUCGAUAGUGAAUGGUUUUGGUGGCAUUGGAAAGGACUAAAUAGCAGUAAAGAUAACCAAUUUAUGCAACAAAAUUAUCCAUCUGGAUUUUCUUAUCCAGAAUUUGCACCAUCAUUCACCGCUGAAUUUUUCGAUGCUGAUGCAUGGGCCCAUUUAAUUGAAAAUUCGGGUGCAAAGUAUGUGGUAUUUACAACCAAACACCAUGAAGGUUGGACUAAUUAUAAGAGCCAUGUUUCUUGGAAUUGGAAUUCGGUCGAUAAUGGGCCACAUCGCGACUUAACAGGCAAUACUGAAAUUUCUAACGCCGUACGCAAACGAACCAAUGUCACCCUUGGUUUAUAUCAUUCAUUGUAUGAAUGGUUUAAUCCCUUGUAUCUUUUCGACAAAAAGAAUAGUUUCAAAACGAAAAAGUUUAUCACGGAGACAUUAAUGCCAGAGUUGCACUAUGUGAUUAAUCAGUACAAGCCUGAUCUUUUAUGGUCUGAUGGUGAUUGGGAAGCACCCGAUACAUAUUGGCAAAGCCAAGAAUUUUUAGCGUGGCUAUACAAUGAUAGUCCUGUCAAGGAAACCAUAAUUACUAAUGACAGAUGGGGAAGAGGGAGCAUUUGUCAUCAUGGUGGUUAUUAUACUUGUCAAGAUCGAUUUGAUCCAGGAGUCUUACAGAAACAUAAGUGGGAGAAUGCUAUGUCUUUAGAUCUUACUUCAUGGGGUUUUGAUCGAUCCUCAGGAUUAAAAAAUUAUCUUUCCAUGGAAGAAUUAACGAAAGUGCUUAUUAGAACAGUCAGUUGUGGCGGCAAUAUUCUCAUUAAUAUUGGGCCAACGUCAGAUGGUAGAAUACUUCCAAUAUUUCAGGAGAGGUUGACACAACUUGGUAGCUGGCUAAAGGUGAAUGGUGAAGGAAUAUAUAAUUCCAUACCCUGGAGAGUCCAAAAUGAUACCAUUACAAAUGACGUUUGGUACACUGAACGACAAGGAACUGUCUAUGCUUUCUUUUAUAGUUGGCCUGCUAGUAAUAAGUUGGCCUUGACAGAUCCUAAAGUAACGCCAAAAACUUCAGUAAAAUUGUUGGGCUUUGAGGGAAAUGUUCCAUUUAAAGCCAAUUCGGGAUCCAAUUCUGGAGUUUUGUUAGAUCUUAGUAGUGUUAGUGCAGAUAGAUUAAGUACAGAAUGGGCUUGGGCUAUUGCCUUACAUAAUGUACAUUAG